AUGAAGGUCGCUGUUGUGCUCGUCCUAGCUGUUUUCAGUGGCUGUCAUGCCAACCUCUUCUAUGCUGAUGCACCCAAGCCACAGCUGGAGGUGCUGACUGAUGCUUUCUGGGACUAUGUUGCCAAGGUCACUGAGACAGCUGAUGACACCCUCGAGAUGAUCAGGAAGUCUCAAUUUGGACAGGAUGUCAGUGCCCGUCUGACAGAGAGCACCGACAUAGCCAGCAAGUAUGCAGUCACUCUGCAGGAGCAGCUUCACCCUGCAGCCCAGGAGCUCAUCACCAAGGUCACCGCAGAGGCUGAUGUUCUGAGAGAGCGUAUGAUCCAGGACCUGAGCACUGUCAGGGGAAAGCUGGAGCCCUACACCGAGGACAUGAAGGCCCAGAUCCAGCAGAGAGUGGAGCAGCUCAAACAGGAGCUGGCUCCCUACACAGACUCCGUUGACACUGAGGCUCUGAGAAUCACCCUGAUGCAGAAAAGCGAGGAGCUGAAGACCAGCCUGGAGCAGAGUGUGAAGGACCUGCAGGCUCAGCUGGGGCCAUACACUGAUGACCUGAAGCAGAAGGUGGACCAGCACCUGGAAGACUUCAAGGUGAGGGUGGCUCCAGUGACCGAGAAGGUCCAGAGUGAGCUGACUCAGAGAGCCCAGCAGGUGAAAGAACUGGCAGCCCCCUACGUUGAAGAACUGAGGGGAAAGCUGGACCCCUACACUCAGGACCUCCAGUCCCAGCUCAUGACCCUCUACGAGUCCUUUGUCAAAGCCAGCUAAGCCAACCUCCACUUCCCGUUCAACACAAAGAAACUUAAUAUUAAAAAACACAAAUCUCCCCAGGAUGACGUGUCAUUAACAGAAUGACAAC